GUACGACCGAUCUCGAAGGCAAAAGUUCAGCCAGAAAUGCUGAAAGGAGUGCUAACUAUUUUGGCCAUUGUGGCUGCGGCCGUGGCAAUCGACGAUUUUGAUCCUUUCAUUGAUAUACCCUUUAAAAGGAUAAAGACCUCGGCGGAGCGCAUUGAGGCCCAUGGCUACCCGGCCGAAUCGCAUUUUGCGGAGACCCCCGACGGCUAUGUGCUGAAUCUGUUCCGCAUUCCUCACUCCCCGAAGCUAAGCAAUGCAGGAGGGGAAUCCCCGCCACGUCCGGUGGUGCUCAUCAUGCACGGGCUGUUCAGCUGCUCCGAUUGCUUCCUACUCAAUGGUCCGGAAUCGGCCAUCCCGUUCAACUACGCAGAUGCUGGCUACGAUGUCUGGCUGGGCAAUGCCCGUGGCAACAUCUACUCGAGGAACAACACCCGGCUGGAUGUGAAGCAUCCGUAUUUCUGGAAGUUCAGCUGGCACGAGAUUGGCUCCAUCGAUCUGCCCACCACGAUUGAUUAUAUACUGGAUCUAACGGGGCAGCAGUCGCUCCAUUAUGUUGGUCAUUCCCAAGGAUGCACUUCCUUUUUCGUGAUGGGCUCCUAUAGACCCGAGUAUAAUGCCAAAAUCAAGACGGCUCAUAUGCUGGCACCUCCGGUGUUUAUGGGUAACACCACAGAGGGUCUCAUUGUCGGCACGGCUCCAUUAUUCGGACAUCAUGGCAUCGGGUCGACACUUUUGGAAAACCAGGUCCUGCUGCCCCAGAAUGCCUUCAUCCAGAGGAUAUUGGACACCACUUGCAGCAAUCAGCCAAUUAUGCUCAGCUACUGCAAGACUUUGGCCAUGCUCUGGGGAGGUCCUGAAAUUGGAAACCUCAAUCAGACUCUCCUCCCACAAAUCGCUGAAACGCAUCCCGCUGGAGUCUCCUCCAAUCAGGCCAUUCACUACAUUCAGUCCUUCGUCUCGAAUGAGUUCCGUUUAUACGAUUGGGGAAGCCGCAAGAAUCUGGAGUAUUACGGAGUGGCAGAACCUCCGGCAUAUGAUCUUACCAAAAUAACCUCUAAGCUUUACCUGUACUAUGGUUUGGCAGAUGGUUCGGCCAACAAACAGGAUAUCUCUCGACUGCCCGAGUUUUUACCCAAUUUGGCCCUACUCCAUGAGGUUCCAGAGCCCACAUGGGGACAUUUGGACUUUAUUUUUGCCACGGAGGUCAAGAAGGUUAUCAACGACAUGGUGUUGGAGUAUAGCAUAGCUUACGAUGCGGAGGAAGCUAAUAAAUAAAGAUAUAAACAAUUAAAGUCUUA